CUGGAACGCGUCGACAGACUUCGAGACGACUACGACAUCACCAUCGAGGGGCGUGCAUAUUUGCUGCGCCCUGAUACUCCGCAGGAAGGGCGGGUUCGUGAGGAAAGACCGGGCGAAUCUGACGAUGAACUCUCUGAACCCUUGCGGUCGCAAGCCAGAGAUGCCAACCUCAUCAUGCGCCCGCCUCGGAAUACACCCAACAGCCUUUAUUCCCUGCAGGCCACCGAAUAUGCCCAGGAAAAUGGCAAGUUCAUGGAAUACCACCAUGCAGCUUACAAAGCUUACUGGGACGAAAGGGCCGAUUUGGGUGACCCUUCAGUGCUGGCCGAAAUAGGCGCCAGCGUUGGACUGGACGGGAAUGAAUUGCAGGAACGCGUCGAAUCCGGGUACUACUCGCAACGGGUGGUAGACCAGUAUCAAGAAGCUUUGGGGUACGGUAUCAGGGGCAUCCCGACUUUCGUUUUCGACAACCUGUUGUUCAGCGGCGCCCAACCCUACGAGGUAUUCCAGCGCGUAAUGGACAAGGCGCUGGAAUACCGCGCUGCCGAUAACGACGCGUAG